UAACAUGAUUCCACAAGGUACAGUUUCAAAGAUCUGGACCCUUCUUUUUUGCUUAAAUAUUCAGCCAGCUUAUUAUAGAGAAGCUCAAGGGACCAAAAAUGGUGCUGCACACAGUAGAGCUUUUGAAGAAAGAGAUACCAUUAGAGGAAGAAUCAGUAUGCAUACCUGAAGAUAUCACCACUGGCCUUGUUCUUGUGGACAUCAUCAAUGGCUUCUGCACCAUUGGAGCUGGAAAUCUGGCACCUAGAGAGCCAAAUAACCAGAUACUGGAAAUGAUCAAUGAAUCAGAAAAGCUGUCCAGAGUGUUUUGUGACCAGAAAUGGCCGGUUCUUGCAUUUCUAGAUACACAUCAACCUGGAAAGCUUGAGCACCCUUAUCCUUCUCACUGUCUUGCUGGCUCUCAUGAAUCCAAUUUGGUUCCUGCUCUAGAGUGGUUGGAGAAAGAGCCAAACGUAACCAUCAGGCGCAAGGACUGUUAUGAUGGAUAUAUAGGUUCCAUUGAAGAAGAUGGUUCAAAUGCCUUUGCAGACUGGGUGAAAACCAACAACAUCCAACUGUUAUUGGUGGCAGGAAUAUGCACGGACAUAUGUGUGCUGGAUUUUGUUUGCUCCACGUUAUCAGCAAGAAACCGUGGUUUCCUUGCACCGUUGCAAGAUGUAGUGGUGUAUUCCCAAGGCUGUGCCACCUUCGAUUUCCCAGCAGCAGCUGCAGGGGACACUAAAGAUGCCCUUGCUCAUCCCCAGGAAAUAAUGCACCAUAUGGGUCUUUACAUGGCUAAAGGAAGAGGAGCAAAAAUAGCAAAGAAUGUGUCGUUUGGUGCACUAAAGAAGUAACGGCAAACACCAUCAUGUGCUUCGCCAAGAAUAUAUGAUGUGUACGUUUACAAAUUGUCUGUAGAAAGCCAUGGUGUACUAGUUCUUAUCAUGUCUACUCAAAUAAUUAUGAAGUUUGCACUACCUGAGAUGACACCAGCAUUAGUCACUACCUGCUCUGUAUAUUUAAGAC